AUGGACCUGAGCGCCGCCGCUGCGCUGUGUCUCUGGCUGCUGAGCGCUUGCCGCCCCCGCGACGGGCUGGAAGCUGCUGCAGUGCUGCGAGCAGCGGGGGCAGGGCCGGCCUGGGGCCCGGGCAGCGGCGGCAGCGGCAGCGGCAGUGGCGGGCAGACCCUCGCCCCGGCUGCGGGCGCCUCAGCUGUCCAGGCCGCCGCGGCUCCCGGGGCCCGUACUGUGCGCCGCGCCGCGGGCCCCGGCUUCAGGAACGGCUCCGUGGUACCGCACCACUUCAUGAUGUCGCUUUAUCGGAGUCUGGCUGGGAGGGCUCCAGCUGAGGCAUCCUCCUGGAGCCACGGCCGCGCGGACACAAUCACCGGCUUCGUUGACCAGGCGACCCAAGACGAAUCGGCGGCCGAGACCAGCCAGAGCUUCAUAUUCGACGUGUCCAGUCUUCCCGAUGCCGACGAGGUAGUGGGCGCUGAGCUGCGCGUGCUGCGCCACGAAUCUCAGGAGCCAGGCUUUGGCAUUGCGACUCCCCCACCGCUGCUGUUGCUGUCCACGUGCCCGGGUGCAGCCCGCACGCCGCGCCUGCUGCAGUCGCAGGCCGCGGAGCCCCUGGACGGCGCGCGCUGGGAAGUGUUCGACGUGGCGGACGCCUUGCAGAGCCACCGCCAGGAGCCGCGCGCCAGCGCGUUCUGCGUCCUGCUGCACGCAGCGGUGGGCCCCGCAAGGAGCCCGCUGGCACUGCGGCUGCUGGGUUUCGGCUGGCGGGGCGGAGGUACCGUGGCAGCGGCAGAGGAGCGCGCGCUGCUGGUCGUCUCCUCCCGCACGCAGAGGAAGGACAGCCUGUUCCGGGAGAUACGUGCCCAGGCCCGCGCACUCCGGGCCGCUCUAGCUGCAGAACCUCCACCCGACCCGGGACCCGGCACUGGGUCGCCAAAGGCAAUGAUUGGCGGCCGCAGGCGGCGGCGGACAGCGCUGGUCGGUACUCGGACAGCGCAGGGCAGCGGCGGGGGUGCGGGCCGGGGCCACGGGCGCCGGGGUCGGAGCCGCUGUAGCCGGAAACCGCUCCAUGUGGACUUCAAGGAAUUGGGUUGGGACGACUGGAUCAUCGCGCCGCUGGACUACGAGGCGUACCACUGCGAGGGCGUUUGUGACUUCCCGCUGCGCUCGCAUCUUGAGCCCACCAACCAUGCCAUCAUUCAGACUCUGCUCAACUCCAUGGCGCCCGAUGCCGCGCCAGCCUCCUGUUGCGUGCCUGCUCGCCUCAGCCCCAUCAGCAUCCUGUACAUUGAUGCCGCCAACAACGUGGUUUACAAGCAGUACGAGGACAUGGUGGUGGAGGCUUGCGGCUGCAGGUAG